UUUUCUUCUCCAAGGGAGGAGGUUGGUUAAUGGUAGUUGGUCAUAUACUAAUAGAGAGCUAGAGAAGUCUCGUCAUGCUAAAAGAAAAUUAAAAAGAAAAAGGAAAAAAGAAAAAGAAUUAUAGUGCGUGUGUAUAUUUAGAGAGAGACGGAGCCCUAUUUGAACUCAAUUCCAUGGUGUGAAUCACAACCAUGAAGUGUUUGUUAUUGGCUCCUUAGCUCUCGCCGUGUUUCGCAAAGGGGGUAAGACCUUCUCAAAAUCCUUAUUUCCACAAAUCCAGGAAUCCUCAAUUCUAUAUCUCUCUCUCAAAUAUCUCUUUUAGAUAAGAUAAAACUCUGUCUCAAAUUUCAUCAUAAUCUUCAUAGAGAGAGAGUUCAUGACUCGCGAGUCGUAUUUUGUGUUGAAAAGGGAUUCUCUUACUCAUGGGUUUUCUUUAAUUUCCUCUUUUGCAUGAACUUCCCUGCCCUUUAGCUCUUCCGAAAUGGUUAUUUUAGCUCCUGUGAUGCUCAUGGACUACUUGAAAGAAGUGGAAGGCAAAAUUGUUCAUGACCAUUUCACCAAUAAGAUGGCUAUGUCACCAAGCAGGUGUACAGGGGUGCAUGGACCUGUCAUAGUUGGUGCUGGCCCUUCAGGUCUCGCCACAGCUGCUUGCCUUAAAGAAAGAGGUGUUCCUAGUUUGAUUCUUGAGAGGGCUAAUUGCAUAGCUUCCUUGUGGCAGCUCAAAACCUACGAUCGUCUCCGCCUCCAUCUUCCAAAGCAGUUCUGCGAGCUCCCUCUCAAGCCAUUCCCAACUGACUUCCCAACAUACCCAACAAAACAACAGUUUGUGGCCUACUUGGAGGCUUACGCAAAGCAUUUUGGUCUAGCACCAGUCUUCAAUAACACAGUGGUGAGUGCGGAAUUCGAUCCUCGAUGUGGGUUUUGGCGUGUCAAGACCUUGGGGCUGAAACAGGAGGAGUCGGAGUAUGUAUGCCAAUGGCUAAUCGUUGCCACCGGCGAAAAUGCUGAGGAGGUCGUGCCGGAUAUUGAAGGAAUGAAUCAAUUUGAGGGCCCUAUUCUUCACACGAGCUCAUACAAGAGCGGGGAGUUGUUUCGUGGGAAGAGAGUUUUGGUGGUUGGAUGUGGGAAUUCAGGCAUGGAGGUCUGCUUGGAUCUUUGCAACUAUAAUGCUCGCCCAUCCAUCGUGGUUAGAGACUCGGUGCACGUCCUGCCUCAAGAGAUGCUUGGAAGAUCAACUUUUGGAUUGUCCAUGUGGCUGCUCAAGUGGUUUCCUUUGGGCCUUGUGGAUCAAAUUUUAUUACUGAUAUCUCGGUUCAUGCUUGGUGAUACUUCUCAAUUCGGUCUCCAUCGUCCUAAACUUGGUCCUAUCCAGCUCAAAAAUGCCACAGGAAAAACACCUGUCUUGGAUGUGGGUACUCUUGCUAAGAUCAGAAGUGGGGAUAUUAAGGUUUGCAGGGGAAUACAGAGACUAAUGCAUCAUUAUGUGGAGUUUGUUGAUGGAAGCACGGAAAAUUUCGAUGCUAUCAUCCUAGCCACAGGUUACAAAAGCAACGUACCUUCUUGGUUGAAGGGUAACGAAAUGUUUUCAGAGAAAGAUGGACUGCCCCACAAGUCAUUCCCAAAUGGAUGGAAAGGUGAAAAUGGGUUGUAUGCAGUAGGUUUUACACAGCGUGGCCUGCUUGGCACGUCUAUUGAUGCAAGAAGAAUUGCACAAGACAUUGAGCUUCGCUGGAAAGCUGAGGCCACAGGUUUCAUGGCCUUUGCUUGUGCAUCACCAAAACAAUCAUGACUCCAAAAUGAUUACAUUGAAAGAAAGAAGGAAAAAAAAAAUCUAAUGAACCUUUUGGUUUCUUGGACAUCUAAUGAAGUUUCUCCUCUCAUUUGAGCGAGCGAAGCAGGAAUAGAAAGACAAGGACAAGUUGUUUUUAACCUUUCAAAUGCACAAAAGCUAGGAAUGUUAGGGUAAAAAGCUGAGGGUGAUAAUAUUUGUUUCUUGGGGAGGAGAAGAAGAUUCUCAAUGUGUAUAUCUUGUUCAUCAUUCUUGUUUUAUAUUAUUAGUUAGGUAAACUUUUUAAGUGAAA